AGGACGUGACGUAGUAUUAGACGAUGGUAACGUCUUAGAUACUUUACUUCCGGGUUGCACAUGCGUUUACAGCAGGAUGCGUAGUAUCUCAGCAAAUUAACACAAUAUUCAAGGGGUUAGAACAAAUUACAGUGGUAAUAUGGGCAAAUUAAAUGUUGUAGUUUUGAGGUAUCUGUCCAGAGAUGACUUCCGUGUCCUCACAGCGGUUGAGAUGGGGAUGAAAAACCAUGAGGUAGUUCCAGUCAGCCUCAUAUCCUCCAUCGCCAGCCUGCGUCACGGAGGCUGCAACAAGAUCCUCAGAGAGCUCGUUAAGCACAAAAUAGUGGCCUACGAGCGUACUAAGAUGGUACAUGGCUACCGUCUGAACUAUGGGGGCUAUGACUACCUGGCUUUGAAGACGUUCUGCUCUAGAGAAAUACUCCUUUCUGUCGGGAACCAGAUGGGAGUUGGGAAAGAGUCAGAUAUCUACAUCGUGGCCAGUCCAGAGGGGGAGCAGUACGCGCUGAAGCUCCACAGGCUGGGGAGGACCUCCUUCAGGAACCUGAAGAACAAGAGAGACUACCACAAACACAGGAAGAACAUGUCCUGGCUUUACCUCUCACGCCUCUCGGCCAUGAAGGAGUACGCCUACAUGAAGGCCCUGUACGAACGAGGGUUUCCUGUCCCUAAGCCCAUUGACUAUAACAGACACGCUGUGGUUAUGGAGCUCAUCAAUGGAUACCCACUCUGUCAGGUGCGUGAGCUGGAAGACCCGUCCUCCAUGUACAAUGAUGUCAUGGAGCUGAUAGUGAAGCUGGCCAAUCAUGGCCUGAUCCACGGGGACUUCAAUGAGUUUAACCUGAUGCUGGACGACCACGAUCACGUGACCAUGAUCGACUUCCCCCAAAUGGUGUCUACCACACACUUCAAUGCAGAGUGGUAUUUUGACCGGGAUGUCAAAUGUAUACGAGAUUUCUUUGCCAAAAGAUACAAUUAUGAGAGUGAGCUGUACCCAACCUUCAAAGACAUCAGACGUUCCGUUUCUCUGGACGUUGAGAUCUCAGCCAGCGGCUUCACCAAAGACUUUGAGAGAGACGCAGCAUUGCUUGAUCCUAAAGGACCAGAUGGAGAGGAGGACGAGGGAGAGGAGGACGAAGGAGAGGAGGACGAAGGAGAGGAAGAGGAGGAUAUGGAGAAUACAAUGGACAAGGAGGAGUAUAGGCAUGCUAUAUUGGAACUGGAGGGGCUCAAAGUCAGUGACACAGAGAUACACACUGAGACAGGAAACAAGGAUGGAGAGAGAGACCCAGGGAGAGGGGGAGGAGAACAGAGAGCGACUGAUCCAGAGGCUGUGAUGGGUGGUCUUGGUGAAGAGAGGGAAAAGGAGGAAGAGGAUGUGUGUCCUGAGCUGGUCGACCUCUCCUCCUCCAACAGAGAAUUCAAACCUUUCAGAGACUCAGACAGCCUGCUUCAUGUGGUUGAGCACAGCAGGAGGAGGACGGACAGUGAGGCUACCGCCGGCAGUGUAGGCAGCUGCUCUACUAUACCACUGGAGGUGGUUCGUGCAAAGGUGCGGAGACAGCUUAGUAAGCAGCAGAAAGCAGCUCAGAGGAGACGACUGAUAAAGGGAGAAUCUAACCUGGUCACUGCAGAGAGGAGAGAGAAUCAGAGUAACAUCAAAUCUAGUCUGGAGACUGAUGGCUUCUGGGGCUGAGAGGGACAUACGUAAUGGAGUGCGAGUCAAGUGUGUGUGAGUACCUGGUCACGAGGACAACAGAACAUGAUGAGAACAUGAACCACAUUGGCGAUGAGAGGAAAGGGGCCCUGUUGGAAGAAGGCCUCUCUCCCAGCGACGAGCCCCCAGCGUUGGGUCAUGUUUUGUAUCUACUGCAGUGUGAAUACUUUCAAUAAAGAUAACUUUAAUAUGA